AUGGCCACGACUCACACUCUGUUUUACGAGUCUCCAGCAAACCUGUGGGAAGAUGGCUUGCCGAUUGGAAACGGUCGACUCGGAGCCAUGAUCCGUGGAACGACGAAUGUAGAACGACUCUGGCUCAACGAAGACUCUGUGUGGUAUGGCGGACCGCAGAACCGAGUGAAUCCCGCGGCUCAUAAAAACCUGGAACUCGUCCGAGAGCUCAUCGAUCAAAACAAGAUUGCCGAAGCCGAAAAUAUCAUGUCCCGGACCUUCACAGGUAUGCCAGAAAGCAUGCGGCACUACGAGCCAUUGGGAGACGUGUUCAUGCACUUUGGCCACGGCCGCUUCUCCGGACGAGGCGGUGCAGCUGUGCAAUCCUAUCGGAGAGCACUGGACUUGCAGACUGGGCUCGCCACUGUCAGCUAUGCAUGUCAAGGGGGAAAUUUCCAGCGAGAGGUCUUCAGCAGUACUGUGGCAGAAGUCAUAUGCAUGAGAAUUUCUUCCGACCAGUGCUUGUCUUUCUUAUUGACGCUCAAUCGAGGCGACGAUAAUGAUGCCCAUCGCCAGUUCGACAGGGCUUUUGAUACCUUGACCAAUACUGACGAUGGCCUCGUGUUGACGGCUGUCAUGGGGGGUCGGAAUGCCGUCGAGCUCGCCAUUGGUGUCAAGAUUGUGUGCGACGACGGCGUGAAGGUGGACUCUUGCGGCAUUGACGUCGAGGUAUCGAUGCAGAAAGGAAGCGUGCUGAUUCUCAUUGCUGGAGAGACUACGUUCCGCAACACCAAUGCAGUCGACGCUGUCCAGCAAAGACUUGAAGAGGCUGCGAAGUCUACUUGGGACCAACUACUGUCAGCACACGUCGCCCACUUUGGCCGUCUCUAUAACCGUGUUGAACUACACCUCGACCAAGAACUCAAUGUCGAUCACGUUUCAACAGACCAGCGGCUAGAACAGGCCAGACAGCAUCCUGGACAAGACAACGAAUUGACCGCGUUGCUGUUCCACUACGGUCGAUACCUAUUGAUCAGCUCAUCCCUUUCCGGACUUCCCGCAAAUCUCCAAGGCAUCUGGAACUGCGAUGCGAAGCCCGUCUGGGGAUCCAAGUACACGGCGAACAUCAACCUCGAAAUGAACUACUGGCCUGCAGAAGUGACCAACCUCCCCGAAUGCCACCAAGUGCUCUUCAAUUUCCUCGAGCGUCUCGCCGAACGAGGCACGCAAACCGCCCAGCAAAUGUACGGAUGCCGUGGCUGGACCUGCCAUCACAACACCGACAUCUGGGCAGACACGGCUCCCCAAGACCGAUCGAUUUGCGCAACAUAUUGGAAUUUGACCGGAGCCUGGCUCAGCACUCACAUCUGGGAGCAUUACCUCUUCACUCUCGACUUGGAUUUCUUACAACGUUAUUUCCCCAUCAUGCGCGGCUCCGCACAAUUCUUCCAAGACUUUCUCAUCGAACGAGAUGGACAUCUCGUCACUUCUCCCAGCAUCUCCGCCGAAAACUCCUAUUUCCUCCCCAACAGUAACAGCAAUAACAACAAACCCGUCGUCGGCUCCAUCUGCGCCGGACCAACCUGGGACUCUCAAAUCCUCCGCGAGCUCUUCCACGCUUGCAUACAAGCCGGCAACCUCCUCCACGAGCCCGUCGCCGAGUACGAACACGUAUUGAACAAAUUACCCCCUACCCAAAUCGGAAAACACGGCCAAAUCAUGGAAUGGCUUCACGAUGUCGAUGAAGUCGAAAUUGGUCAUCGCCAUAUUAGUCACUUGUGGGGUUUGUAUCCUGGAACAUCCCUUUCUUCUUCUUCUUCUUCCUUUUCUUCCGGAGGAGAAAAAGAAAAAGAAAACGAAAAAGAAAAAGAAUCCCAACUCCACCUCGCCGCCAAACGCACCCUCGAACGUCGCUUAUCCGGAGGAAGUGGCCAUACAAGUUGGAGUUUGGCAUGGAUUCUAUGUUUGUAUGCACGACUUGGCAACGAAGAAGAGGACGAAAAAGAAAAAGAAAAACAAAAGACCAUGGAUGGUGGUGGUGGUGGUGGUGAUAUGGCACAAAAAAUGUUACGAAAAAUGUCUCAUGCGGUUUUACAGAAUUGUCUGGCCAAUCAUCCUCCGUUUCAAAUUGAUGGGAAUUUUGGUUUUACUGCUGCUGUGGCUGAGAUGUUGUUGCAAAGUCAUCGGACAACAAUAAUCAAUCUAUUGCCAUGUUUGCUAGCGGACUGGGAGCGUGGAGGAAGUGUGCGAGGACUACGUGCAAGGGGCGAUGUACUUGUGGAUCUUGAAUGGCGAGAGGGGAAAUUAGAGCGCGCAGUACUGCUGUCUGCGAGACGACGGCAGACGCGGACGUGUAGGAUUGCAGCGAAGAGGUUGAAGAGUGGAAAAAAGGGGGAGAUGAAGGUAGAAUUGGUUCCGGGAAAGGCGGUGGAGUUGACGGGAUAUUGGGAGGACUAA